AUGGCCCAGGAUGUGUGCUUCUUGAAAGCACAACUUAAGGAGAAAGAGAAGGAGAUUUCUGCCCUGAAGAAUAAACUAGCACAACUGGAAAAGGUACAAAAGAUCUAGAAAAUGAAUUUGAGAUAGAGUUCGUUACACGUAAAAUCCUUUUGUUUUCUCUAUUUUGGAGGCUUGCUCAGAAAUUAGUUCUGUUACAAUGUCUUUACUUUUAUCCUGUAUCUAGAAUGUAUAAUCCCAGCUUUUUGUGGUCCAAAUGUAGCAUCGGUGUAAAUGUCACAUAAGGUUAGCAAACGUAAUCUGCAGUGUAAAAUGAAAGUACGUUUAUCAUCUUAUUAAGUUCUCAAAAUGAUCUCGGACUUCUUGAAAAGCUUUCUUGUUUUUUUAGGCUGUAGUGAGCAGCCUUAAUGUCCCCUGUAAUAUGAUGCACGGUUGAGGCAAUUGAACAUUCUCAAAACACAGAACUCAUGUUAGUACGACCUUAACACUGCAUUAAAAGAACAGCAUCUGAAAUGCAUUCAUACGUUCCCCCAAAUUUUUACAUUUAAUAUUAGAGUAUAUUCAUUCACAUUUAAAUGCUCCAAGCCAUAAUGAAGACACACAGUAUAGAAGAUCCACUUCUUAUAAAUAGCUUUACACAAGUAGACCCCUUUUUUUUUCAAACAAAUGUGUUACAGGUGCACAACAGGUUCGGAUCCAGGCCCUACUCUUUUUAAUCUUCAUAUGUUGCCUUUUUAAUCUUUAUAUGUUUCCUUAAGGGAAUGUCAUCAGGAGGCACGGCAUCAAUUUCCACAGCUAUGCUGACGACACACUUUAUGUCGCCGUGUCUCCUGAUGACACAGGGCCACUCAAUGGCCUUUUUAACUGCAUUUUAGACAUUAAAUAAUGGAUGGCAGAGAACUUUUUACGGCUCAACAAGGACAAAACUCAGGUUUUAGUCAUUGGGACAGGGGACAAAAGAGAGAGAGGAACUGGUCAGCAAACUCAAAGCUUUAUCCUAUAAUCCAAGUCAACAAGCUAAAAAUUUAGGUGUAUUAUUUGAUUCAGAACUGAGCUUUGAGCCUCAAAUAUGAGAUACCACCAAGAAGGCAUUUUAUCAUUUAAAAAACAUAGCCCGAGUGCGACCAGUUCUCUCUCAAGCCAAUGCAGAGACAUUAAUUCAUGAUAUUAUUACUUGUAGAAUAGAUUAUUGUAAUGCCCUCCUUUCUGGUCUCCCCAAAAAGAACAUUUCACACCUGCAAUUACUCCAAAUUCAGCUGCACGGAUGUUAACAAGGACCAGAAAAAGAGAGAUCACAUUACACCAAUUUUAAGGUCUCUGCAUUGGCUACCCGUUUCUUUUAGAACAGAUUUUAAGGUUGCUUUAUUGGUUUUUAAAGCUCUUAGUGGCUUUGGCCAUUCUUAUCUAUCUGAUCAGCUUUUACCUUAUGAGCCAGAUCAAGCCCUCAGGUCUUCAGGAAGUUCUCUGUUAACAUUACUCAAAGUUAAAAUCAAGAUAUACGAUGGGACAUCUUUUUAUCACUAUGCCCCCGUCUAUAGAACAGCUUACCUGACGACCUGAGGACUGUGCCUAAUCUUAAUGAUUUUAAAAGCAAACUGAAAAUGUACCUUUUUAGUCUUGCUUUUAAACUAAAUUUUAUAUCAUUAACUCUGUUUAAGUGUUUUAGCAUUUAUCUCUUUCGAAUUUUAAUGACAGGAUCGUCUUUUAUUGAGCUAUUUUUGAGCUCUUAUUUUAGUAUCUUUUACUUUUGUUUAUUAUUUCUUAAAUUUCAUUUUAUGUUACUUUGUUUUUAGAUUUUAACAUAAAACUCCAGUGUUUCCUUAUAUUGAGUUAUAAAAUGGCGUUUCCUCAGUACGCACAUUCCUGUUUCCACAAAAUCAAGCCCUUUUUAAGUUUAUGCAUUUUUAUACUGUUUCUGAUUCAUUUAGAUCGUGGGGUGGGAAUGAGGGGUUGGGUAGAUUUGGGUAUUCUUUGUUUCUUUUUUUUUUCCUUUUUCUGCGUGAAUCACGUUGUGCUACAUGGUUGUGUAUGAAAAGUGCUAUGUAAAUAAAGACUGACUGAUUGAUUUAUUGAUAAGCAAAGAUAAAUAGCUUUAAACAUUAUUGAAUGGGAUAGUUGAAGGUUGUAAUACCAUGCUUCAUGUAUCACUUAGGUUUCUUUCAAUCUUGUGCAUUAAAUCUCUCUAAUGUGACAACCAGACCCAUACCUCAGUAUUGGAGCUUCAGGACAGAGUGACACCCCUGACACCACUGACAGCCAAAGCAGCCCUCAGCAACGAGGACAUCAUGCGGUACAGCAGGCAGCUCCUCCUGCCAGAGCUGGGUGUACAAGGUAUGGCGAGUCUGAUAAACAAAUCAAGAGGCUUUAAUCAAACAAGAUUCAUGGCUUUGUUGAACUACAGCAGAAUGUAUGUGGAUGUCCACAGGCCAGCUAAACUUAUCCAAGACCUCGGUUCUGGUUGUGGGCUGUGGAGGACUGGGCUGCCCCUUGGCACAGUAUCUUGCUGCAGCAGGAAUUGGCAAGUAAUGUUCUUAAAAAUGCUAAUCAUUUUCUUGUGUUGCAAAAAAAUCAAAACAUUAACCCUGUGGUCUGCUUUUGUAUAUAAAAAAAUACAGUGAGUUAAUAUUUCUUAAUAUUGUGAAAAGAGUUUGCAUGAUUAUUAAUUUGAAAUUCUCCUAGACAUACAUAACAUUACAGUUCUUUAGCACUGUUUUAUCAAUUAAGUGUGAUUUAAGCCUGACAAAGAGCACAGAGUUUAUCCACACCCUCUAUCAGAUAAGCUACUUAUCACAUAUCUAUAGUUUCCUUAAAAAGUCAAACUGAUGCCUUUUGGGUAAAAUGAAGCUUAAACUACACUUAGACUAAGACAGCUUACCAGCUGAAACAUACAAACUAUAAAUGUAUACACUGCUUAUAAGGCUUAAUUAUCAGUUGUUUGAUGUCAUCGUUAGGUUUUGACAUUUACUUGUGAGCCUUUCGAACUUACUGGUCUAUCUUUAUGUCCUUGUAGGACGCGUGGGGCUUCUGGACUAUGACGAGGUGGAGCUCAGUAACCUGCACAGACAGGUGCUUCAUGGAGAGGAAAACGUUGGUCAGGCCAAGGCUCUUUCUGCUGCACAUGCAGUUAAAAGGUAUUGAUUGAUGUUGACCUAAACACGUGGGUCCAAAAAUUCCCCAGUGUGAUAUAACGAGGUCAAAAGCGCAAUUGUAACAGUAAACCCCAGUAGGGUAACAGUAAAUACGAGUAUUCAAGGCAUUUUCCUCCGCAUAAAUAGACCUGGAGCGCAGUAGUUAGUAUCCUGAUAUGAUUAGUAAAUGUUCUGUAACUAUGAUAAUUGGGGUAUUUCUGUGUGUUUUGGACCUUUCAUUUGCUGUGAAAUGUAUGCUGGCGCUCUCCAGUCUCACCGCAGGAUAUAUUUGGUUGUGUAUAUUACCCCCUUCUGCAAAUAUUAUGUAAACAUGUUAUUUUAGAGGCAGCUGGUUUUUUUGUGCUUUUCCCCUUACUGUGGGCCUACUGUAGUCAAUGCAAGUAUUGAUCAACAAUGACCACAUGAGGGCGCUAUUUUUCUGACUAACAAAUAACUUCAGUGUUACACACACACAACCCUGCUAGCAAAAUUUGGUCAUUAGUGCUUCUUUACUGCAUGCAUGAUACCAUUUGAUAUACAGGAGUCCUGUGAAAAAUGACGUCUUUUAAGAUAAUUAUACUUUAAUAAUACACAACUUUAGUGGAUGCAGCUUGGUCUUGAGAUGCAGAAACUGAGAACUGUAGUUACUUUUAAGAAAAUCAGGCGUUUUUAUGAAGUAGAGGGACCUCAGUUUGGAGAUCAACCUUGUCCAAGGAUCAUUACCUGUGUAUGAAGAGACACUUCUAGACUCUUGGGCUCUAAGAUGAUGUAGUUUUGAAGUCUGUGAUUUUUUUACUGUAUUAUCCAACUGUCAUCUACAGUAGAAAUGGUUACUGGUGAUGCCUAUUUGUUGAAAUUGUAGUCAAAUGUAUGACUAUUUCUUUCUCCAGGUUGAACGCAGCAGUGGAGUGUAUUCCCUACCACCUACAACUCUCUCCAGAGAACGCGUUGCAGCUCAUUCAACAGUAUCCUUUUGCAAACUACUCAAGCUACAGCUGUUACAAAGAGCUGACACAAGCGUUAAUGUUUCAGCUAAAAGUCACAUUCAUGCUCAUAUGGCACUCCUAUAGUGGAGACACCUUGACUUAGCUGACCUCAUAUAUGACAUUGUUGCUGAUUGCUCAGACAAUGUACCCACACGUUAUCUGGUGAACGAUGCCUGCGUGCUCAGUGGCAAACCUCUGGUGUCAGCAAGUGCCCUGAGAAUGGAGGGGCAGGUAAAGUAGAGAGACCUCAUUCUGUUUUAUGUAAUGUACCUCACCUUUACCUUGUAAAAGCUCUCUUCUUUGUGUAUUUUUGUAGCUAACAGUAUAUAACUACUGUGGUGGUCCCUGCUAUAGAUGUCUGUAUCCAGUACCCCCACCCCCAGAGACAGUUACCAACUGUUCUGAUGGAGGCGUGCUAGGAGUGGGUGAGUCUUGUUUUCUUGUCUGUCCAGAAAGUUUUGACAUUUGAAUAGAAAAGUCUGUUUUUUUAAAGAUAGUCUAAAAAUUUGUGCCACUACUUUUAGUUCCAGGUGUUAUGGGCUGCUUCCAAGCAUUGGAGGUCCUCAAGAUCGCUUCUGGACGAGGGUGUAUCCUUUGUUUUUUUUAAAUCUUGACUCCUAUUUCACAAACAGUUCUUCCUUUGGUUAUUUUGUUGUAGGAAUUCAGGAAUUUCUGCCAGGUCAUCUGAAUGAAUCAACACAGAGCUGCUGAAAAGACUAUCAAAGUAGCAAUGUUAGGGAUGGUAAGGGUGGUUUUGUUGACUAAUACCAUACGGCAAAAAAAAAAAAACCAAAAAGGCUACAUUUUCUGGUCUCUGCUGACUCUGCAUUUCCUUCCUAUGAGAACCGAAAUAAAGCUCCUCUGAUAACAGUGUUUUCAUGCUGAUAUCUAGACCCAGUUGAUAGAGCAGAUCUGCCUUAUCCUGUCUUCUGUUUUACAUUGUAAUGGAGGUGUUAACACCUGGUUUGAAUGUAUCAUACACGGAAGUGUUGUGUUGUUUUCCAACAAAAAUGCCUGACUGAUGUAAAACACACACAAAAGGGAGAUGUGCCAGCGUAUUCUCUUAUUCAAGCACUAUGGUUUUACUUUUCACAAAGCAGUCUUUUUCCUUUCCCUAACCCUACUGUGUCAGCUUCCUGCAGCCAACAGCUGAUGAUAUUUGACGCUCAAGAUGCCAGAUUCAGGUCCAUUAAGUUGCGCCCUAAAAAAGCUGGCUGUGCUGUGUGUGGAGAGAACCCCAGUGUGACCCAGCUGGAGGACUAUGAGGCUUUCUGUGGGUCUGCUGCCACAGAUAAGGUUGAAUGAACAAGACUGAUCUUACCUUAUAUCAUGAUUAAAGGAAUGUUAAAGAUGUUUGAAGUGAGGAGAGCAGUUUCUUAUAUCAGCUGAAUUUCCUAUUUUGCCAAAACGAUAAAAGAAAACUCUGGUUGCCUGAUUUUUCCUGUGUUUCAGUGCCGCAAACUUAACCUCCUCUCCAGAGAUCAGAGGAUUUCUGUACAGGUAUGUAGAACAUAAACUCCUACUAUUGGCCCUUGCGUGACUUCCUGUAUUUAGUACUGAUUAUUGUAUGAUUAGUCACAAUUUUCCUUCUUUUUUUUCCUUGUGCAUUUAUAAACUGAUUACAUCUCAGCACUGACCCAGCCCAAAUGGGAAAUGAGUUGAAAUGCGCCUGCAGUUUUCUAUGGGAAAGAAUAAUAUGUCCUAUUUGGCACUGUGAGCAGUUGCAGUGGAUUGCAUCUGUUUAUGUUUCUGCAGAAUUGGUGCUUUCAAACCCGCUGAGUCAUUAAGUACAGAGAUGGGGAUCAUGAUUGAUUGGGUAGUAAGAGAGAUUGUGCAAGGGGCUCCAGUUUGAAGCAGUUUUGUUUCCUGUGAUUUAAGGAAAAGUACUUAAAUGUUCAUAUUACCCCCCAACUACAAAUAAAGGCAACAUUUCAACAUCAUCCUGAGGGUCAUUUUGGUUUCCCCUCUUCUCUGGAAAUACAGUAAAUUAAUUCAUAUACUCUCCAACAGUGAAGACACACCUCUGUAAUGAUGAAAUGAUAUGAUUUUGUGUAUUCAAGAUUGUUACAAUGUAAUUACAGGAUUAUAAAUUCAUAACGGUCAACCAAGAGCCUCAUCUCUUGUUGGAUGUGCGCCCCCCUGUGGAGGUGGAUAUAUGCCACUUACCUUUUUCCCUGAGUAUCCUUUCAGUGAUGGAGGCACCGCAUCAGUCUCAUUUUGUCAUCAUAUGGCUCUGUCUGUCUAAUGUGAUGUUGCUUUCCAUUUCAUUAUUAUUGUUAUACUUCUUAUAUGAUUACCAGAUAUUCCCCUCUCAAGUUUAGAGGAGAAGAAGAGCGAACAUAUCCAGUUACUCCAAGAGAGAAUCAGGGAAUUGAAACAGCAGAUGGCAGGUGACUGCUGGCCUCCAGGUAACAUGUCAAAACACCAUACAGGGUCCGUUUGAAAUGACCAGGCACAUAGAGCCACUCUUGAAUAUUCGCAGUCCACUGUGUACACUCAUACUGCUGGACCGGGGGUUUGUUUUGGACAGCAAGUAGCACGCUGCAAUGGUGUUGCUAAGUAACCCCUUUUCCAAAACAAGCCUGGUCGACCUGAGCAGCUGGGCUGGUUCAGAGAAAUGAAUAUUCAAACUUUUAUUUUGGUGAUGUCCUGGAUAUUUAUUGUGUUGUGUUCCUUUGUCUCUGAACUAAAUUUAGCCUGUUGGAGCUUAAGUGCAGCAUUUCAUAAAGUCUUGGUUGUUUAUUUUAGUUGAUUGUUAUCUCUUUUGAGAAUCUUCGCAUGAUUCUACACAAAUAAUGUUCCUCUCUUAGGUAAUCAAUAUUUAGUGUCAUGAAGAUAAGAAGUAGUUUAAAUCUGAUGCAGCUGUAUUCAUACUGAUCACAUGGUGCUAUCGAUCUUAAAGUUAUGCCUCUGCUGUUUCUCUUUCAGUGUAUGUGAUCUGUAAGCUGGGUAAUGACUCGCAGAAAGCAGUUCAAGUUUUGGAGAAGAUGAGUGGAUCAGACCUGGAUAGUAUCACAGUAAAAGACAUCAGCGGGGGUCUCAUGGCAUGGGCAGUGAAAAUAGACCCCACAUUUCCUCAGUAUUAA